AAUGUAUUCCUCUAUUUACAGGAGGAAGAAGAUGAAGAAGGGGAAUCUGCUCAAGCUGCUCCAGAGAAAAGAAUCCGGACUGAAAAUGAUUUGCGCAGAUUUCAGCCACAAGAUAUCGGGCCCACUAAUAUUCUCAUGAGGACUUCUAAUGUAGAGCCUGAGAAGUUGGUCCACCACAUUCUAAAUGAUCUGUACACCACAAAGCAGAAGAAGAAGACGCAGUCCCUCCUUCGUAUGUUACCCGUCAGCGGUACUUGUAAUGCCAACCCAGAGGGUCUCAGGAAAUAUGCAGAGACCUUCUUCCAGCCUUGGUUUAAAGCCCCCAAACAAGCAAACUUUCAGAUUAUAUAUAAAGCGAGAUCUAGCCAUAGUCGGAACAGGACCGCGGUUUUCGAUGAGGUGACAGCGUGCAUCAUUCUCCAGGCAUCUACCAAUCCCAGUGAAGAAAUCGCUGACUUAAUCCUGUUCAGAGACAACCUAGUCAGCGCAGACAGACCAGACGAGGAGUCCAAGCUGUACUUCACAGGCUGAAGUCAAGGGAUAGGCUCAAGCGGAUAACCCAGACUACACCAUUGCAGGGGAGGUCCUCUGGGAUGUCUGCUGCCUGGGGGGGUGAAGGACUACGACCUGCUCAAGCAAUAUAACCUGCAGGAGGUGACAGAGUGCUGGGGAGGAAAUAAACACCACAACAAGUCUAGAAGGACCGGGCAGUGGGCUCUAAUGC